AUGCCUUCCAUGAAGCUCCACUAUUUUGAUGGCCGCGGCACGGGGGAGACGACGCGGCUCCUCCUCAAGGCGACGCGCACGGAGUUCGAAGACAUGCGCUACACCUUCGACCAAUUCAAGGAGCUCAAGGCGGCCGGCACCUUCGCGAGCAACCUCGACCGGCUGCCCGCCCUCGAGGUCGACGGCGUGAUGAUCGGCCAAUCGAAGACGUGCGAGCGGUUCGUGGCCAAGCACGUCGGCAUGGCGGGCACCAACCCGCUCGAGGAGGGGCUCAUCGACGCCGUCUGCGAGCACAAGCGGGACCUGCGCGACGCGUACCAGCCCGCGAACAAGAUGGAGAAGGGCUCCGAGGAGCGCGCGGCCGCGGAGAAGAAGUAUUUCGAGGAGGACAUGCCCGCGUUCCUCGAGAAGGUCGACAGGGCGCUGCCGGAGGCGCCGGGGCCCUGGCUGGUGGGGCCGUCCAUGUCGCUGGCGGACGUCGCGUGGUUCCAGCUCCUCGUCGAGUUCUUCGACAAGGAGGCGGAGCAAGCCGGCGUCCAGGCGGCGCUGGCCAAGGCGCCGCGCAUGAAGGCCGCCCUGGACGCGGUCCUCGCCAACGCGGAGAUCAAGGCGUGGCGCGAGUCGCGGCCCGCGGGCAUGUUCUAA